AGCUUGGUAUUCAGUCGCUCACCUGACUGAGUGAAUCAUAGUCGUGUGACUCGCGUUAAGUGCCUGGCAAGAUCUGCAUUCAGCAAUCAGCAACACAUCCUCGCUGGCUUGAGGGAGAGGAGGUUGUCGUGCCACCCGUGAUAGUGGUGGACUGGCCGGCAGAGCAUUAUUUGUUUGCAGGUCUCAGGCGCAGAUUUCGCUGCGGCACGAUGGGCGUGGAGACGUGGCUGCUGCUGGCGACGCUGGCGGUGCUGGCGUGGCUCUACUCCAGGUGGCGCCACAGCUUUUGGUCCUCGAGGGGCGUGCCCUCCCCCCCAGCCCUGCCCUUCAUCGGACAUUUCCACAAGGAGUAUUUCAUCGACGCACAGGGGGUGGAGUUUAUUAAAGAGAAUUACAAGAAACACUACCAUUCGAUGAUGUUUGGUAUGUACGACUUCUUCAACCCCGUUUUGGUGAUAUUUGAUCCUGAUAUGAUAAAAAAUGUCAUGGUUAAAGACUUUGACCACUUCACCGACCUUAGAGACUUUAAAGCUGAGACCGGCGUCGAGAGAGACGAAAUGCUGUCCCAGAUGCUGACACUGCAGAAAGGCGCCGACUGGAAGAAUCUGCGGGCCAUCAUGACGCCCACCUUCACCUCGGGCAAGAUCAAGGGUAUGUUCCCUCUGGUGUGCGACAAGGCCGACGUUCUGGUCAAAGUUCUGCUGAAGGAGGCGUCCGAAAACACACACGUCAACGUUAAGGAAAUCUUUGGGCGAUUUACAAUGGACACUAUAGCAUCUUGUGCUUUUGGCAUUGAGUGCAACUCACUGCUGGAUGAAAAUGCCGAAUUUCCUCGUAAAGCAGAUAUUUUCUUCACCUUGCCAUUCAGUUCGGUGCUCAAAAUUGUGCUAUUCCAAUAUAUGCCAAGACUCUUCAAAUUACUUGGCCUAGCCAUCAGUGCACCGGAAACGGACUUCUUCAUCGACGUUGCGAAGCAGACCAUAAAGGCCAGGCAGGCGGGGCAGAGGCGCGGCGACUUUCUGGACCUGCUGAUGGAGGCGAGAGAGAACUCCGACAACCCCGACAGCAAACUUGUGAUGAGCGAUCUUUGCAUGGUGGCGCAGAGCGUGCUGUUCAUCACAGCUGGAUACGAAACCACCGCCUCCUUGCUGGCCUUCUCCUCCUUCCUGCUGGCCAAGAACAAGGAUCAGCAGGACCGCCUCCGGGACGAGGUGCGGCAGAUGGUGGCGGAGCACGGCGGCGUCACCUACCAAGGCCUCAUGGAGUCCAAACUACUCGAGGCCUGCCUCCAAGAAACCCUUCGCAUAUAUCCUCCUGCCGCGGUGACGGAUCGAACCUGCACCAAAACGUACACGUUACCCGGCACCGACCUGACCCUCAAGCCCGGGCACAUGGUAGAAGUGCCCAUCUGGAGCCUCCACCACGACUCCCGCUACUGGCCAGACCCGGAGGCGUUCAUCCCAGACCGAUUCCUGCCUGAGAAUAAAGCCAACAUCCGCCCCUUCACGCACCUGCCCUUCGGGAUGGGACCCCGGAACUGUAUAGCCAUGCGGUUUGCCCUGAUGGAGGCUAAGGUGGCACUGGCCAAGGUGCUGCUGGAGGCUGAGCUGGAGCCGGCGCCGGGCCACGAGGAGCUGGUCAUGGAGGCAGCCCUCGGCCUUUUGCGCUCCAAGGACGGUGUGGUGGUACAAGUGAGGGCCAUCAAGGAGUAAAAUAUUAUCUUGCCGGAUUGAUUGUUUGAUUUACUCUAUGACUGAGAAAUAAUUCAUAGGUUCAACAGCAUCAAUAUCAAAUAUAUGUUGUGCUGGAAGCUUCCCCCGGGGUCUAUAGGCCUUUGGAAGACUCUGGGAGGAGCGAGUAGGGGGGCGGGGAGCAAGGCCCCGCCCGCGCCCGCGGGGCCCGCGGCCAGGCGCCAGGCGGGAAGUGUUGCCAACUCGCACAUAUUUUUGCUACAUGUUCAUUCUUGUAUGAUCGAAUAUAUACUGUAACGUUCUAGACUGUACUGUUCGGCAUAUAUAUAGGAGAAGAGGGCGAGAGGAGUUAGUCCCAGUCAUAGUAAGCUAGUGGCCAGUGAAGAGUCAAGAGUGAAUUGUACUACUAAGGAAGAAUAUUAAACUACAGAAGCUGU